AUGGUUUGGGUAGUGAUAAUGUGUGCCUCGCGAAAGAGUGAAGGAAAAAAUUUAACAAAAGCUUCGAAAAUUGUUUCCAUGCCUGAAGUACGAAGGUUCAAAUUAGACUUGUCCGGGAAACAGCAGCAAGAAGUGGAUGUUGAUUUUGAUAUACAAUUUGAUGACAUCGGUGGCGGAAACGAAGCACCAAUAACAACGAAUGCAACACCAAAACUAGUUUCCAUGGAUGUUCUUCAGAAAACUAAACGAAAAAGUGAACAGUGUAAAGAAGAUAAUAAAGAAGGACCAACACAAAGUGGUUCAAAGAGACAUAGAAUGUCAAAGAAAAGUAUACAGAGACAGCAAUCGGGAUCGAGAAUUACAGAAAGGUUGCAAAAGAAGCAAUAUGAAGAACCUAUCAAAGGCAAUGAAGUACCGUUUUUCUGUCUCAUUAUCAUCUAA